AUGGAGCGUUACGAGUCUCUGGGUCUGGUCGGCGAGGGCAGUUACGGCUCGGUGCUGAAGUGCCGUCAUCGGGACUCCGGCCGACUCGUUGCCAUCAAGAAGUUCGUGGACUCUGACGAUGACAAGACGGUGAAGAAAAUCGCUCUGAGGGAGAUCAAGCUGCUCAGGCAACUUCGUCACGGCAACCUGGUGAACCUUCUGGAGGUGUGGAAGCGUCGGCGGCGCUGGUAUCUGGUGUUUGAGUUUGUGGAGCGGACUCUCCUCGAUUAUCUGGAGCACAACCCGAGUGGACUGGACCUGAACACCAGCCGUCAGUAUCUGUACCAGGUCCUGAGGGCCACAGCGUUCUGCCACCAGCAGAAUAUCAUCCACCGGGACAUUAAACCAGAGAACAUCCUCAUCUCUCAGGGGGGCGUGGUCAAGCUGUGCGAUUUCGGCUUCGCCCGCACCUUAGCGGGCGACGUCUACACCGACUACGUUGCCACUCGCUGGUACAGAGCUCCUGAACUGCUGGUGGGAGACAUCAAAUAUGGAAAACCAGUAGACGUGUGGGCUGUUGGUUGUCUGUUAUUAGAGAUGUUCACAGGUCAGCCUUUGUUUCCCGGAGACUCAGACCUCGACCAAAUUUACCACAUCAUCAGGUGCUUUGGUAACCUGACUGCUCAUCACCAGGAGUUGUUCUACAGGAAUCCUGUCUUCUCAGGAGUCAGAUUGCCAGAAUGUUAUGGUCAAGUCCCGCUGAACCAGCGCUUCCCUACAGUCACCUCCGCUGCCGUAGACCUGGCUCAGAGCUGUCUCCAGAUGGAUCCAGAAAGACGAGCUCAUUGCUCCGAACUGUUAGAACAUCCCCUGUUCACACAAGACUCUUUCCACAUCAGGUUCUCCAAUGAGCUAAAUGCUAAGAUCCAAAAGGACCACAGAGAAAACUCUAACCUUCCUAAAAUAAGCAAAACCUCAAGACGCGAAAAGGAAGAAAGGAAUGAGAAAAACCAGAGAGGAAAAGAGAAGAAACAACUGGAAGAU